AUGGUUCUUUUCAAACGCAAACCGGUGCAGUUGCUGCCUCCCAAGGACGUCAAGGAUGACAAUGCAGAGGUCUGGCACAUCCCACAGACUGGCGAGGUAUUUGCCCACUAUGAGGAUUACCUCAACAGAAUGGAUUUCUACAAACAGCGGCGAUUCAUCUGCCAGAUCACGGGGCACUCGGGCAUGACGUUUUUCGAAGCCCUCAAGAGCGAGCUCGCCGGCGCCGAAGAAGUCGAGCAGGCGUUUCCCGAAGCCCUCAAGGGUCCGGUCCUGCGUCGCGUCCAGUUCCAAACGGUCUCCCGAAUCGAUGCACUCGUUGACAUGGUUUUUGAGGAGUUCAGGGCGGACUACUACCCCGGUGAAGCCGUGACGGUCAGUACGGCAGACGGCGAACGGCUACAGGGAGUUGUUAGGGAAAAGACUCGAUUCGGCGGCAAGGUGCUGCCCGACGGCACGCAGACCGCUCCUUACACGCGAUACACGGUCAGCCUCGAGGAUCGGCCCGGCACCGAGGCCGUCGUCGAUGACGACCACAUCUUUCGCGAUCGCAAGAUCUUCACAAAGUCGGUCCUGCGGUCGUUCAUCAAGAAAACGGUGACGCGCGAGGCCUGGAACGGCGCGCCGUGGCUCGUGAAGCCCGACGUCGCCUCGCAGUACCACAUCGACUCGCGGAUCCCGCCUCACCUGCGCUACGAUACCAAGCUGAUGGAGAGGAAGCAGCUGCAGGCACAAAAACGAGCUAGCAACACCCCGACGCAGGACUCUCAAGGCACAAACGGCGUCAACGGCGCCAUGGCAAACGGCCCCGCGCGGCUGCCCGAGCUGAAACCCGCGCCGAAGAGCCAAAAGGGCAAGAAUCAGUCGCCAGAGUUUCCACAGGGCCAGAACGGAUCAUCAGGAAUGCUGGGAGGCCCCGAGACAGGCAUCUUCCUCGCGCCGCCACACAAGAAUCCUUUCCAGCUGCCGCUCAAUUUCCGGAACCAACCGCUGCCGCAUUCGAUGACCGCGCCCGAGCCCCCACCACCCCCACCGCCACCCAAGUACCCCAUCGAGGACCUCCAAGUGCCGUUGAGGGAGGGCGUCGUCAGGCCACCCUUGGCGUUCCUCUGCAAGGACCCCCCGACCACGUCCGAUUUCGCUGUAAAUGGCAGCGCCGGCGUACGCGACAAGCUGUCGAUGAAGUCGGUCGGCUCGUUCCUGGAGACUUGGGACACGCUAAACGUGUAUUGCGAGAUUUUCAAGCUCGACUCCUUCACGUUCGACGACUUUGUCGAGGCCAUGUGUGUUGCGUCCGAGGACACCAAGGUCCAGAUGUUCGAGGAGAUCCACUGUGCGGUCCUGAAGCAGAUCGUCAGCGCCGAGGCUGACGGCGGCAAGGUGAAUGUGCAACUGCCCGAGCUGGACGACGAAGAAGAAGACUCCGAGGAAGAGGGCUUUGAGGAGGAAGUCAAAGAGCCGACACCAGAGACCGACCGCCCCCCCGCGAGGGCCACGCGAAGCAGCCUCGCCAAGGCCGAGGCUGAGAGGCUACUCGCGGAGGCGAGGGCCGCCGAGAAGGAGAGCCAGAACGUGGAACCCGAGAUCAAGCACCGCGCCGAGGACCUGCUCGAAGACUACGACUGGAUUGAGGAGCUUCGGAAACGCAACUUCCAGAACGGCGGCUGGGAGCGCAUCAUGGUCGGCCUGCUGCACCAGCUGUCAAAGAACGAGCGGCUCGAGGAGCGAUGCGAAGACCUGCUCGCACAGCUGUGCCCCCCGGACGUGGACCCUACACAGGUCACCGUGCGGGAGCGCUAUGCUAACCUCGACGUCAACCACCGAGUGCAGGCGCUGCAAAUCGUCUGCAUCCUCACGACACAGACCAAGGCCAUGCGCACGUACAUGGAGGAGUGCAGUGAGCAGAUGACGGCGUUCCGCAAGGAGAAGAUCGACUGGCAGCGUCAGAGGAAACAGGCGAUCGAGGAACUGCGCACCCUUAACGAUCAACGCAAGAUUUUGCUCCCGGAAAACAUGCCGCCAUCGCCACCGCCCGAUCAGAAGGCGGACGAAGACGUCAAGAUGACCGAUGCAGACGAGUCGGCGGCGGAUGCCGAGGACGAGGUGCCCGACUCGGACGACGAGUGUGCCCCACGCAGGAAUUUCCGACGCGCCAACGACCGCGCCGCAGAAAGGCAGCGGAAGCGCAAGGAGGAGAAGGAGCGGAAGGAGAAGGCCGCCGAAGCCGCCAAGGUGCCCAAGCCGUCGAAGCAGUUCCUGAAGGUCCUCAAAGACAUUCAGAAGAAGGAGGACCUCAUCAAGAAGUGCGAAGAGGAGAUUGCAGUCAUUGACAACGACCUGCGCGAGGCCGACUGCGGGCGUACGCGCGUGCUGGGCAAGGACCGCUUCUGGAACCGUUACUACUGGUUCGAGCGCAACGGCAUGCCCUACGGGGGGCUCCCCGACAGCUCGACGGCCGAGGCCGGAUACGCCAACGGCUGUAUCUGGGUGCAGGGCCCCGAUGAGCUGGAGCGCGAGGGUUAUAUAGACGCCGACCCCGAGUACCAGGCCGAGUACAAGAGCAAGUUCGACGUGACGGUGCCGGAGAGAAAGAAACGGGAAGAAGGCGCCACCAGCGUGUUCAACGCGAAUCAGUGGGGCUACUACAGCGAGCCGGAGCAGGUCGACGAGCUUCUCAAGUGGCUGGACCCUCGCGGCUUCAACGAGCUGCGGCUGAGGAAGGAGAUUGUCGCCUUCAGGGACAAGAUUACACAGCACAUGGAGAACCGCAAAAAGUACCUCGCCGUCGCAGAAGCGGAGGAGCCGCAGGAGAAGGGAGAGAAGAAGGAUAAGAGGCGGGACUCGAAGCGGAUGAGCACGAGGGGCCGCCACCACGAGCCGACACCCGAGCCCACCAACUACCGCUGUCUCGCGUGGGAGAACACCACCGCGAUGGAGGAGCUCGGCCACCUCCACUCGGAGCCGCCGCCGCCGCCGCCGCCGCCGCGCCCGAAGAAGCAGGCGACCAAGAAGAGACAGGCCGCCGAGCCCUCGCCCGAGCCCGCGCCCGCCCCGAAGACGAGGCGGCGCAAGUAA